AUGUCAAGAUCCUCUUCUCCUAAUAGAGACACAGGCAGGAUUGACUCCUCACCUCAAUAUGACUCCAAUAAUACUAAUUUUGACUCCACUAUGAGAGACUCAAAUCCCAUUCCGUCGUCUCCAGCAGGUCCAGCCAACGUUCCCUCUUCUCCCUUGUUCUUCCCACCGAGUUCCGAUAAUGAUAGGCCACAUACACCUAGAGACCAUCCACGAUCCAGCGCUUCUGCAAGAAGCCGUGCUACAAGGAUGUCCUCUCCUGUGCAUUUCAGUUCUUCUCUUGGAGAGGAGAGCUCUGCCAGGAAAAGAAACCCUCAACGAGGCGAAAUCAACGCUACAGACUUUAGCUCAUCCCCCAUGAGAAGAAGGUUUUUUUCUCAACAAAAUGACAAUAGAUCCUCCGGAGACCGUAGUAGUUCGAUCGCUAAUUUAGGUUCUGACACAUCGGAUGCUGUUGACAGCGAAGAGCCUGUUAGGGUCAUUUGGGGUACCAACGUGUCCAUUGACGAAUGUACGAAUAGCUUCAGAUCCUUUUUGCUAUCCUUCAAAAUGAAGUACCGAAAAAUUCUAGAUGAUUCCUCAAUUGAAGAAGAAGACGAAAGAAACUACUAUGUGGAAAAGCUUAAUCAAAUGAGAGAAAUGGGGACAAGUAACCUGAAUCUCGAUGUCAUAAACUUACUGGCGUAUAGUUUUACCAAGAAAUUGUACUACCAAUUGAUUCACUAUCCACAAGAAGUGAUACCCAUUAUGGAUCAGACCAUCAAAGACUGUAUGAUUAACUUAAUUCUUGAAGACAACAAUGGAGAUGAACAGGAUCCAGAAGUGGCUAGAAUUGAUACCACUAUUUACAAGAUUCGUCCCUACAAUCUUCAAGACAACAAGGGUAUGAGAGAGCUCAAUCCUAAUGAUAUUGACAAAUUGGUCAGUGUGAAGGGUUUGGUCAUACGAUCGACACCAAUCAUUCCAGAUAUGAAAAUUGCCUUCUUCAAGUGCACUGUCUGCGAUCAUACGAUGGAGGUCGAAAAUGAUAGAGGUGUCAUUCAAGAGCCCACAAAAUGUCCCCGAGAAGUUUGUGCGCAAGCAAACUCAAUGCAAUUGAUCCACAACCGAUCAACAUUUGCCGAUAAGCAAGUUAUUAAGUUGCAAGAAACACCUGAUUUGGUACCAGAUGGACAAACUCCUCACUCCGUGUCUCUAUGCGUAUACGAUGAGCUGGUUGAUACUGUGAGAGCUGGUGAUAGAGUAGAAGUGUGUGGUAUAUUCCGUUCCGUUCCAGUACGUACCAACGCUAUCCAAAGAACAGUGAAGGCUCUUUUCAAAACAUAUUUGGAUGUUGUUCAUAUAAAGAAGGUUGACAGAAAACGGAUGGCAGCUGAUAUAUCGACUUUGGAGAAUGAAGUCUCUGAGCAACAGGAAGUGGAAGAAGUGAAGAAGCUUUCGGAGGAAGAUAUCGAAAUGAUUCAUCAAAUCUCUGAACGACCUGACUUAUACGAAGUUCUGUCUCGCUCUUUGGCUCCAUCUAUCUACGAAAUGGAUGAUGUCAAGAAGGGAAUUCUUCUUCAACUCUUUGGAGGAACAAAUAAAGAGUUCGAAAAGGGAGGAAGGUACCGUGGAGAUAUCAAUGUACUUUUAGUGGGAGACCCCUCUACUUCCAAGUCUCAAAUGCUUCAAUAUGUUCACAAGAUAGCACCGAGAGGAAUUUACACUUCAGGAAAAGGGUCUUCUGCUGUUGGUCUGACCGCCUAUAUCACCAGGGAUGUAGACACUAGACAGUUUGUUCUGGAAUCUGGUGCUCUGGUGCUUUCGGAUGGUGGUAUCUGUUGCAUUGAUGAGUUCGAUAAAAUGUCCGAUUCUACAAGGUCGGUCUUGCACGAAGUAAUGGAACAACAAACAAUAUCAAUUGCCAAAGCAGGUAUUAUCACUACGCUGAAUGCAAGAACAUCAAUUCUAGCCUCUGCCAAUCCUGUCAAUUCCCGCUUUGAUGUAAAUUUGCCAGUGGUUCAGAAUAUCGACCUUCCUCCUCCUCUUCUGUCCAGGUUCGAUUUGGUCUACUUAAUUUUGGACAAAGUGGACGAAAAAGCUGAUCGCCUACUAGCACAACAUAUGACACAAAUGUACUUGGAAGACACUCCCGAGAAUGUCUCGGAAUAUGAGAUUCUCCCAAUUCAUAUUCUGACAUCCUACAUCCAAUAUGCCAAAGAAAACUUCACGCCAGUGAUGACGGAGGAGGGAAAAGUGGAGCUUGUACGUGCUUAUGUUGAAAUGCGAAUGUUAGGAGACGAUCCCAGAUCAUCAGAGAAGAGGAUAACAGCCACUACCAGACAAUUAGAGUCAAUGAUCAGACUUAGUGAGGCCCACGCCAAGAUGCGUCUUUCAGAAACGGUUGAUUUGCAAGAUGUUCGGGAGUCCGUUAGAUUGAUGAAAGCAGCUAUCAAGAACUAUGCCACCGAUCCUAAGACGGGCAAGAUUGACAUGACUAUGGUGAUGGCUGGACCGACACCGGUGGAGACGUAG